GUUCUCACUGUUAUUUUUAUUCCUUAUUCCAUAUUUGCACUAGAAACCUACUGCUAAAAUUGCAAUACUGCUACUUACGGUCAUUUAGUCACUGUUACACCUACAAUUUUAUUUCAUUCUGCGUACAGUAUACGUACAGUUUACUGCUUGAUGGCACCGUAGACCAAAUGAAGCAAGAUUGCAUAAAAUCAUGUGCAAACCGAUUUGCUGAAGAGCCUCAAUGAUUCAUGAAGCUUUAAUUUUGGCACAUUCUUUCAUCAUAGUUAAAAGCAUUUCGCGAUUUUAUCUGCUCUACUUGCCACUGUACAGCAGAUGUCAGUAGAGAACUACAGUAAUGUGAAUGAAGCAUUGAGUGAUGAACCUUUAGCUGAAGCAAUACCCCAGUGGCUUUAUUUUACCCAUCACUACUCAUGGGUGAUCCGCUCCCUGGGUCUGGAUCCUAGUCUUCUGGAUGACUUUUACGCUUUGCACCCUGACAAGACCCAUAGGAUGGCGGGUGGAGGCUUUCGAAGGGGUAGGUAGUGUUAGGGCUCAGUGUUGGUGUUCUGUUUCCCUUCUUGUGUUUUUGCAAGGUGUGUGGCUCCACCUCCAGCAGAAUGAAGCACACCUGAUUCUCCGCAAGGAAUGCAGCAACAGGCAAGACUCCAACCCUCACUCCAAACCUCUGUUGGAAUAUUGCAUCAUUCUUGGCGCUGUACAGACGCACCUUACACCAACUUGGCUUGCCUAAGUCUCCACGCCCUCACGUCAUCAAGAGCCCCUGCUUCUUCAUUUUUGAUGUUGUCGUUUCGUUUGACGGAUGACCACAGACGCACCGAGACUGUUUAUUUCCCUUUUCUUUGAUUUCAUCUUCGGGAGGAUUUUAUUCGGGCCGCUUCGGCUUUUAGGCUGUACCAGCCGAUCAGGACGCCCCCUUCCCCGGUCACGUUUCCUCACUUUACCCGCCGGCGACCACUUGGUUCACGUUUCGGCAGUUACGUUUCCACGUAUGAUCUCCAGAGGUCUGGGCGUGAAUUGUGUUGGAAUGCCGCAGGAUCUGACCUUUUAAUCAGAGGAGGCAAAGCAUCCAAGCCCCAAAACCUCACACUUUCUGAAAACCUGCUGCACUACGAUGCCUUUGAGGCUAAAAUGUCUACAAUGAAGCAUGAUGUGAUGAAAGACAAAGACCAGAAUGUUGAAAAGAAGAUGGACUGGAGUUACAUUGAAUGGGUGGAAAAUGAAGUGGUCGCCACAGGUGUGGUCAAUGCAGAGACACAAACGGAUCGGGAGCCUUUUGAGCACAAGGAGUGUCAAACCAGCAGUCCAGUGUUGAUGCACAUGGCUCUCACACGGACACACUCCAAGCUGAGGCAUCCACCUUUGCUUGAUCAUGAUGGCAUGGUCGCACCUUUCUUCCAGUUCGAUCGGCAGGCUCCCGGCCGCAUCUCCACCUCUCCGACCUUGAGGAGGAUGAGGAGCACCCGGCGUCCCGUGUUGGACUCCCAGGAUCCUGCAAGGAUGGGGAGUACCCAGGAGGAGCCCUCCAUGGCAUGCCUAUCAUCACCUUUACACAGAGUAAAGUCUCCCCUCGCCGCUGGUGGCCAGAUCUGUCAUGAGCAUCCGCCAAUUUCAUCCUGUGGCCGACAGAGAACCAGAUCACAUAGAUCAAAGACCUUCGACAAUGGUAUCGCUUCCAUGAAGCCACAAUGUCGCAGUGCUCAUCCUACUGUUAUGAAAGGUUUUGGAUUUCCCGAUAGUGAAUUACAGGAGAAGGAGCAACACCCGAAUAGGCUGGAGGAAAGGAGGCGGAGCUCCGUAGUGGUCAGUUUACCUGGCUUGGAUGUUUCACCCGGAGAUCUGUUUGUAUCCAAUGGCGCAGCUGACAUACUAAACAACUUUUCUGACACAAAGAAGUCAAAGUGGCCUUUUUCAAGGCGAAGCACAACAAAAGGGAAGUCCCAAACAAGCACGUCGGUGUCGGAUAUUGAAGGAUAUCUCUCAACAGUCCAAAUCCAGGACUGGCGGAACUCUGACCUUCAGAAAUAUAAGGACUACUCCGUAGCAGAGUUCCUGCAGGACCAGUCGUCCCAGUGGAGCGCCACCUCUGACCCUCUGGGCUUUAAAAGACAAGAGGCCAUCUGGGAGCUGUUCACCAGCGAGUGUGUUUACUUCCUGGAUCAGCUCAUGGUUCUCAAAGAGGUGUUUUUGGCGACACUCACGAACCUUCAGAUGAGAACCUGCCUGGCUGACAUUGACGCCUGGAGGCUGUUUGCCAACCUCAGUGAGCUUUGCUUGGUGAGCUUUGGCUUCCUUAACAACUUGCUGCGCGUCAUCAAGGACUCGUUGGGCAUCGCCGAUGGUAACCAAGCCGCUCUGCUGGAGCUCUUGAGCAACGCUUUCCAGCAGAGCAUAUGUCACUCCUUGCAGAAGUACUGCCUCAACUACUCCACAGCUUUGCUUUAUCUGGACAGCCUCAAGCCCAGAGAGGACUUUGGGUCUUACGUCAAGUGGUGCGAGGGCAACAACCAGUGCCGCAGGUUGCAACUGCGCGACCUGCUGGUGGCGCCGUUGCAGAGGUUAACCCGCUACCCGCUGCUCCUACGGAACAUCGCCAGGAGGUUCCGCACGGAAGAGGAAAGCAAGGAUGCGCAGGCGAUAGCGGAGCAAGUGGACAUGUCUAUAUGUGACCUGGAGGGAAAGGUGAAAUGGUUGGACAACUACCAGAAGGUCAAACAGCUGAGAGACGCGCUGGUGUGGCUGCCUGUGUGGGAGCGCGACAAGCGGGCCUUCAUCCCCGAGACCGUGAAGCAUCUGCUGAAGCCCAUGACACUGGAGAAUCUCAUUUCUCACAGAAGUCUGCUGCACGAAGGCAAACUGGUGCUCAUAGAAAAUGCCAAGCUCAUUGACGUCUACGUGUUCCUCUUUGACGAAUUCUUGCUCAUCACCAAGAUAAAGAGAAACAAGAAGAGGUCCAUCGGACCGGAAGCCAACUCCCUGCGCUUGGCGCAGAACCCGGAGCUGGACCAGCUGCUAAAAGAAGGCUGCACCUUCACGGUUCUCGACCAGCCCGUCUCUUUGGACCGACUCCAGCUCAGGAACAUCGAUCAGUUCAAUGCCUCAACGUCAGGAUUGCCUCAUUCUUUUAUAAUCACGCACCAGAACCGCUACCAGCAGUGUAUUGGUGCGUUCGUCCUGCAGGCUGCAUCAGAGGCUUCUAAGAGAGCGUGGCUGUCGAAGAUCGAGGAGGCUGUGUCGGCCCUGCUGAAGCUGGACUCUCAGCAUGCGCGAGUGAAGUACGCCUCACUGUGGUUGGAGUCAUCCCAGAUCUGAAACACCCCACUGCACUAGAUGCUGUCGCACACGCCCCGUUGUCCGCGUACUCGUCAGUGUCAUCAAGGUCUGCACUAGCACAUCCGGUACUGUUCAGUGAACUGCUGCAGUAGUGUACAAUUAAAACUUUGGUCAUGUAGUACAACUUGUUACCUUGUUUGUCUUCUUACACUAGGUAUGGGAGUAGCACAUUGGGUGUUCAUGUGAAUUUGCUUAAUUUUAUUCGGAUUUACAACAGUGGGUAUCGAAUGUUGACUGGACUGGUCCAAUCCCUGGCAAAAAAAAAAAAGUAUGGAAUCACAAGUCUCAGAGGACGUUCAUUUGGUUGUUUUAAUUUUGUAGAAAUGAAAAAGCAGUGAAGAGACAUGACGCCAAACUAAAGUCAUUUUAAAUGGCAAAUUUCUGGCUGUAAGAAACGUUCAAAAAAACACGUGGUAGUCUUGUUUUAUCAUAAGCAGAAGGGAAAAAAAAUAUAUGGACUUGCUCAAUUCUGAGGCAAGAACUUAUUGGGCACCCCGGUCAAGACAACUGUUAAACCACAUAUUUCUUCUUGUUUAAGUGUUCAUUCAAGCCACAAAGUUGCCAUUCGAAAUGACUUUAGUUUGGUGUCAUGUCUGUGAUCUGCUUUUUUUUUUUCUUCCUUAUAGAAAAUGAAACGAUUCAAUCAUUUUUGCCAGGGGUUGUAUUAUUGGCAGGAGUGGCCUUACUUCUGGUAUGAUGAAUGGGAAUGGUUCUCACUUGACCAAUUUCUGUCUUAUGUACAACGUAAGUGGGAAUGCACAUUUGUGCAACGAGUCUCGUGUGUUAUAGUAAUAAACCCUAAAAAUAUCGAAAA